AUGAAAAUCGUCCUCUUUGGCUCAACCGGGCAAAUCGGCCAGUCCAUUCUCCGCGCCCUCCUCACUAAGACCUCCCAUGAGGUGCUGCAACUGAUUUCACCGCAAUCUGAAUCCACUGCUCGCUCUAUAAACAAGCAAUUCACAGCAGAGCAACAAAGUCGACUAUCCACUGAAUCAGUGGACAUCCUCUCCUGCACAAAGGCUGGUGUGGGGAGAUUCUAUCCUAGUGAAUACGGCAUGCAUCAUGUGUAUCGGCCGCCGGGGGAUAAAGUUGGGUAUCUUCAUCCGAUGUGGAAUACCAAAUCCGCCGCCAACGAGGCCUGUCUACACCAUCCCGCUAUGAAAUCAGGCUCUAUGACAUACACCCUUAUCGGCUGCGGGGACUUCUACAACCAGUCUCGUGAGGAGAUAUGGUGUCCGUGGACGAACCCUCAUGCAUCCGAAUACACGCUGCAUAUACUCGGCGACGCGGACGCCACUAUUGAUUUUACGCACAUUGAUGAUCUAGGAGAGUUUAUUGUCGAGACGAUCAAGCAUCCGGAACGGUCGGAGAACCGGACGUUGAAUUUCGUGAGUGAUCGUAUCUCGUAUAAUGAGAUUGCACAGUUACUGGAGAAGUACUCUGGGAAGAAAGUGAAAAAGACAGUGUAUCCGAUCAAUCUAAUGGAUGAGGUGUGGAAGGAUAAGGAAAGAGUGCCGGCGGAGGUAAAAGGGAAGGGCGCAUUUCCGGAUGAUUUCUGGAUUCUGGUCAAGGGGAUGCAAGGGGCUGGGAGGUUUUGGAGACCGCCGGGGCAGGUGCAUAAUGGGGAGUUUGGGAUGGAGGGGAGGACGUUUGAGUGGUAUUUGAGGGGGUUGUUUGGGGGUGGAUAUGAAGUUUGAUGAGUGUGCUGUUAUGGCUAUAGAAUAUGUAUCUAUUGUAGUUGUUGACUGCGUAGUUCUAGGG